ACGGAGCACGUGCCAUGUCUCUCUUCCGCGCAUCGCUCCAUGCUCCCUCCACUCUGUAAAAAUCUUCAAAAAUCACAACUCCUCUUUCGUCUUCUUCUCCAGAAUCUCCACAUCUGCUGAUAUUUUUCCCUGUCUCCAGUCUCCAUCGUCUUCACAACAUAAUCCAAACCUCUUUCUCUCUCUCUCUUGUUCGUUCGAUUAGCAUAUUCCAUGGCCGCCUGUCUCUUGCAAUUCUAGUGUAGUGUAAAUGUCCAUCGCUACCUCUAGAAAGAGAAAAAUCUUAUUAUAUUCAGCCAAGCUCCAAAUUUGGAAUCUCAUUUACACCUUUCUGCAACUGGUUCAUUGACACUGGUCGUUUUCUUUCUCUUUUCUCUCCCUGCACCUCUCUUCCCCCUCUCCUAGAAAUUGGAGCGUCAAGGCGCCGGCUUUCAGAUCUCGAGAUCUUCGCAUCGGAAGCAGAACUGUUUUCUCUGCGAUUGGGAGUGGGAAGUGGUGAGCAAUGGAGGUUACUGCGAAAGCCAAUGGCGCUUCUGAGAAAAUUCCUGCUGCUGCGCACCCCGCGGCGGAAGAACCAGCAGAGAUUGCCUCCAACAUCAAUUACCACGCGCGAUACAGCCCUCAUUUCUCGCCUUUCAAGUUCGAGCCUGAGCAAGCUUACUAUGCUACCGCUGAGAGCGUCCGGGAUCACCUGAUACAACAAUGGAAUGAAACUUAUCAGCAUUUUCACAAUGUUAAUCCGAAGCAAACGUAUUACUUAUCCAUGGAGUAUCUUCAAGGACGAGCUCUAACAAAUGCUGUUGGAAAUCUAAACAUUCAAGAUGCAUAUGCUGAGGCCCUAAGUAAGCUGGGACAUGAACUUGAGGAAAUUGUUGAGCAGGAGAAAGAUGCUGCAUUAGGAAAUGGCGGUUUGGGAAGGCUUGCUUCAUGCUUUUUAGACUCCAUGGCAACAUUAAAUUUGCCUGCUUGGGGAUAUGGCCUGAGAUACAGAUAUGGGCUGUUCAAGCAGCGAAUCACCAAGGAGGGGCAAGAAGAAAUCGCUGAAGAUUGGCUUGAGAAGUUUAGUCCUUGGGAAGUUGUGAGACAUGAUGUUGUAUUUCCUGUCUCAUUCUUUGGUCAUGUUGAGGUCAACCCAAAUGGAUCCCGAAAAUGGGUUGGUGGAGAGGUGGUGCAAGCUGUGGCAUAUGAUGUCCCAAUUCCAGGAUACAAAACCAAGAACACUAUCAGUCUUCGUCUCUGGGAAGCUAAAGCCAGUGCGGAGGAUUUCAACCUAUUUCAAUUUAAUGACGGACAGUUUGAAUCUGCUGCUCAACUUCAUUCUAGAGCACAGCAGAUUUGUGCUGUUCUAUAUCCUGGUGAUGCUACAGAAAAUGGAAAGCUUUUACGGCUGAAGCAACAAUUUUUCCUGUGCAGUGCAUCACUUCAGGACAUCAUUUUUAGAUUUAAGGAGAGGAGAGAUGGGAAGGAAUCGUGGCCCUGGUCUGAAUUCCCUAGCAAGGUUGCCAUACAAUUGAACGAUACACAUCCUACCCUUGCAAUUCCAGAACUGAUGAGGUUGCUAAUGGAUGAUGAAGGGCUUGGAUGGGAUGAAGCAUGGGAAGUGACAACUAAGACAAUUGCUUACACAAAUCACACGGUCCUUCCUGAAGCGCUUGAGAAAUGGUCGCAAGGUGUAAUGUGGAAGCUUCUUCCUCGCCAUAUGGAAAUCAUAGAAGAAAUCGACAAACGGUUUAUUGCAAUGAUACAUUCUACGCAAACUGAUCUUGAGAGUAAGCUUCCCAGCAUGUGCAUCCUGGAUAACAAUCCCCAGAAGCCAGUUGUACGAAUGGCAAAUUUAUGCGUGGUAUCUGCGCACACGGUAAAUGGUGUUGCCCAAUUACACAGUGACAUUUUAAAGUCCGAGUUAUUUGCAGACUACGUCACCAUAUGGCCAACAAAGUUUCAGAAUAAAACCAAUGGCAUUACACCUCGCCGUUGGCUCCGGUUUUGCAAUCCUGAGCUCAGCACCAUAAUUACGAAAUGGCUAAAAACUGAUCAAUGGAUUUCCAACCUUGACUUACUGGCAGAUCUUCAGAAGUUUGCUGACAAUGCAGACCUCCAUGCUGAAUGGGCGUCUGCCAAGAUGGCUAGUAAGCAGCGUUUGGCACAGUACAUUCUGCGAGUGACAGGUGUGAGCAUUGACCCCAAUAGCCUCUUUGACAUACAAGUCAAGCGCAUCCAUGAGUAUAAGAGACAGCUGCUCAAUAUUUUGGGUGUAAUCUAUAGGUACAAGAAAUUAAAGGAAAUGAGCAUUGAAGAGCGUAAGAACACCACACCACGGACCAUAAUGAUUGGUGGAAAAGCAUUUGCAACGUAUACAAAUGCUAAAAGGAUAGUUAAGCUGGUAAAUGAUGUUGGUGCCCUUGUCAACAAUGAUCCCGAUGUUGAUGACUAUUUGAAGGUUGUUUUUGUUCCAAAUUACAACGUUUCUGUUGCGGAACUGCUUGUUCCAGGAAGUGAGCUAUCGCAGCAUAUCAGCACAUCAGGCAUGGAAGCAAGUGGUACAAGCAAUAUGAAGUUUGCACUUAAUGGUUGUCUUAUAAUUGGGACACUGGAUGGUGCUAACGUCGAAAUUAGAGAGGAAAUUGGGGAGGAGAACUUCUUUCUCUUUGGUGCCACUGCAGAUGAAGUCCCUAGGCUGCGCAAGGAAAGGGAGAAUGGACUGUUUAAGCCAGAUCCUCGGUUCGAAGAGGCCAAGCAAUUUAUAAGAACAGGAGUAUUUGGAAGCUAUGACUACAACCCACUCCUCGAGUCUCUGGAGGGGAAUUCUGGUUAUGGUCGUGGUGAUUAUUUUCUUGUCGGUCAUGACUUUCCAAGUUACAUGGAUGCUCAGGCCAGAGUAGAUGAAGCUUACAAGGAUAGGAGAAGGUGGCUAAAGAAGUCCAUAUUAAGCACUGCUGGAAGUGGUAAAUUUAGCAGUGACCGGACUAUUGCUCAGUACGCCAAGGAAAUAUGGAGCAUCGAGGACUGCCCUGUACCAUAGAAUUCCAUUUAAAAGCCCUGCUGUUAUUCUAAUGUCUCCAUAUGGAUGGCGCACUGGAUAUACACAUGUACGAGACUGCAUCCGGAUGAGGCAUAAAUAAGUUGGAUGCAGUUCAAUAAGUUGAAUGCUUUGCGACUAUAUUCGUAAGUAAUGGGUUGUAUUAAGAUGCGAGGGCUGCUAUUUCAGAGUUCAACCCAAAAGAAUAAUGCAUUUACAAAUUAAAGUUUCCUGCAUUAAGCAAUCUGUAUUCUGUCAUUAAUAUAGUCUCAAGAGUGGAGACAUUUGAGAGUGUACGGAAGACUGCGAUUAGUACUGGAAUAAAGCUACAGUUUUAGCCAUGUCAAAA